AUGCUAUGUUGUAGGUCGAAAUACAGAGCGGUAGAUACACCAAAUUCUGAGAUGGUGCGUGUUGUAAUUAAAAACCAGGUUUUUGAAGUAUCCCCUCGUUAUACUGACCUAAAUUAUAUUGGGGAAGGAGCGUAUGGAAUGGUUGUUGAUGCUUUCGACACAGUAAGAGGUGAGAAAGUUGCCAUUAAGAAGACCUCACCUUUCGAACAUCAAACGUUCUGCCAGCGAACAUAUCGGGAGUUGAAGAUUCUUCUUGGAUUUUCUCAUGAAAAUAUAAUUGAUAUCAAAAAUAUUAUACUAGUCGGAAACACAUUAGAGGAUAUGAAGGAUGUUUAUAUCAUUCAAACACUAAUGGAUACUGACUUGUAUAAAUUACUGAAAACACAGGAGCUGUCAGGAGAACAUACUUGCUAUUUUUUGUAUCAAGUACUCCGAGGUCUCAAAUACAUCCAUUCUGCAAAUGUUCUGCACCGUGAUUUAAAACCAUCUAAUUUAUUGCUAAAUGCAAGCUGUGAUCUAAAGAUCUGUGAUUUUGGAUUGGCUCGAGUUAACGAUCCUGAACAUGAUCAUAUGGGCAUGCUCACCGAAUACGUCGCUACACGAUGGUAUAGAGCCCCAGAAAUUAUGCUCAGCUCAAAAAGCUAUACAAAAGCUAUCGAUAUUUGGUCUGUAGGUUGCAUUUUUGGUGAAAUGCUAAAUCGUCGACCAUUGUUCCCCGGGAAACAUUAUGUUGAACAACUAACCCUUAUCUUAGGAGUUUUAGGAUCACCAAGCCGUGAGGAUCAAGUUUGGAUAGUAAAUGAUAAGGCUCGAAGCUUCGUGGAGAAGUUCAAAAAUAAUCCUCGUAAAUCAUGGAAAGAUAUUUAUCCUUCGGCGGAUGCUAAAACAAUCGACCUGCUUGAUCGUUUAUUAACAUUCAAUCCAACCACACGUAUUACCGUUGAAGAAGCCUUAGCUCAUCCUUAUUUUGAACAUUACUAUGAUCCUAGUGAUGAGCCUGUUGCUAAAAAACCAUUCAGUUUUGAAGAAGAAUUAGAUAAUUUACCUGUUAGACAAUUGAAAAAAAUGAUUUUUCAAGAAGUCAGUCAAUUUCGUGAACCAGAUUGA